AUGUCUUCAUCCACCAAACGCCCGCUGACGGAGAACGUCCGAGAUAGUCUUGAAGCAUCAAAUAUCCCUCACAAUGAUAUUCCUGACGACGUCUUUGCUCGUCUACGAAAUGUAGGCUCGAGGGUUCGAAAAAGCGUUACUGAGGGCUACAAUACACACCGUUACACGGGCCUCGGGACGCCACCUAUCGAUGCAUCACCUGCUGGCUCGACUUUGAUGAGGGAGACAAGUGGCCCCAUCUUUACCUCUUCCAAUGCGGCGUUACAUCAAGUCUUCGGCGCGGCCGGCCAUCCGCCGGCCCCUGUGCCGUCGACCCUCAAGCGCGCCCGAUCGUUUAUGGAAGAUGGACGGCUUGCCGUAGAAACCGAGGACCGAGAUGGCGACGUCACAAUGUUGAGCGAAUCUCAGGUAGCAGACGGCGGAACUUCUUCGACAAAUGAGAGGAUUAUCAAACCACUGCGACGAAACAGGGGAUUCAAACAUGCCCAGUCCCUACCUGAAGGAUUAUUGGGCCUCGGUAGUUCCAGGCAGAUCGGCGGGCCGACUCAGAGUUCAGUUACAACAAUUGAAGAGGAUUGGAGCGAAGAGGGUUUCAAGGCACCGGCCAUUAUGACCAUGCCCGCCAUGCCUAACCAAGUGUAGCGUGCCGAAAGUUCUUGGCUAGCGACCUUGUAUUAUUAGUUUAUGUCUGUUAUUUCUUGUGUAGCUGUUCGAUUCGUGUGAGACCGGUAUAUUUCGCUCCGAGAAGCAUCCUUAUUUGUAGAUAGUCGUCACAGGGAGGUAGCUGACGCUUACUCAUAGAGAAGAGAUGCUACAAAACUAUCCAAUGAUGUCUCACUCC